AUGGCGUGUUGGCUUACAACACUUUGUUUACUCUCUAGUUUUGCUUGCAUUUGGAGCGGUGUAAUUCACACUGACUCCGAUCUUGAAGUUGGUCACGGUAUUACCUUGGACAACGUCGUCGACUCGACGAAUGACGGUCUGGUGAAUUUUCCUCAGGAAAAUGUUACUUUACGAAUCUCAGCAGAAACGAAUGUUUCAUCUACUUCAUUAGAAUCAGAAAUCCAUAGAAAUGUUUCUGAAAAUGUUACAGUUAAUGAGAAUAUUCAUGUCAUUUCCAAUGAAACUGAGGACCCAUCUUCAAGUUCAGGAUACUCCGAUACAGUCAACAAAUUAAUUGUGUCUGUGAAAAACUUUGAAAAUUUGAUAGACGUGAACUCUACCGGAAGUGUUUCUAUAGCUUCCGAGUCGACAAGAGAUAACACCACUCAGACCUCGACAGAAAUCAAGUCGACAGAGAAGUUCUCCUCACAAAUCCCUUCUGAUUCCCCUACACCCACACUAAGUUCAGUGACCAACUCUUCCCUCGUUGUCAAAGAAUCGGUGACAGAGGCUGAACGAGUCAAUUCGACUACUGCGUCGUCCAAUAUUGACGUUAACGACACAAUUCUUCAGACGGCCCAGCCAUCAAAUACAGACGUUCAAACCACUGUUUCAUCAAACAAUUUGCUGAUCACAAAAACUGAAGAGAACGGGGUUGUACUAGAUGUUAUAUUGGAUAAUUUUACAACCACAACUUCUGCUGCAACAGACAUUUCAUCCUCUUCCUUUAUCCAACCAAGCGCUGAUUCAGGUCAUGUACAAGAUUUGAGAAUGUUAUCGAAUUCAACCGAUGGUUUUGAUUUAAUAAUGGACAGUACAAUUGACUCCUCUGUCGAUAUCGGUACUGUCAAAAUGGAAGUCAAUAGCACAGAUCCUACUAAAAUAACAAACGAUAUUGUCACUGUGACGAAUGUCCUUGAUACUGUCUCUAUAGAUGUCGCGUCUCUCAAUUCAGGAACAAGUGGAACUCCACAAACUUCAACAGACAAUGGUAUAACACCAGUCUCUUCAUCAACUGGACAAUUCAAAGGUAAUUCUCCAGGAAUCACUGAGACUGUCACAUUCGAAACAGCAAGACGAACAACUUCAUCAACAGCCAUCCCUUCCAUCUCAGUUGAGACAGAAAAUAACAGUGUAGGGUCUUCCGUAUCAACAGCAAUGGAAUCUGUGUCAGAGACAACGACAUCUAUGGACAAAGUUAUCAACCCUCAGAUUCAAAUCACAGAGCAGGUUACUUUACCAGCAGUCACUGCGUCUACAACCACGAGUAAUAGUUUACAGGCAACAAACAAACCAACAGUCCUAAUCACUGAUUCCACACCUGAAACAACAAACAAACCAACAGUCUCAGUCACUGAUUCCACACCUGUAAUAACAAACAAACCAACAAUCUCAGUCACUGAUUCCACACCUGAAAUAUCAACAGAAAGUGUUUUACCUCCCAUCCAUAUUAAAUCAGUCUCAACAGAAACUGACGAUCAAACUUCUACCCAAAACCAAAUAGAGUCAACAAAAAAUAGCGACAAAACCACGAUGGUUAAUGCAGAAACGACAUCAGAAGUAGAGGGAACAAACUCCAAUUUAAGAGCUACUACAGUAAUAAGUCAACACCUGAAGACAACAAACAAAAUGCAAGAGCCCCUGGAAUCAACGACAGUCCCAAGUGGGUCAUCUUUAUUGUCUACAAUAGAAACAGGGGUCUCGAGUAUUGACAUCGAAAAUUCAACAAUUUCUGGCUCUGAAGCAGCCUCUCUAAUCGUGGAAUCAACGGCAAAAGCAGGUGUAACAGGAGAAACAACAGAGGAAAACACAAUACAAAUGACAGUACAGUUACCUGGUAUAAAUACAGAGACAACUAAACCAGUGACAGGUACAAUUAGGAUGACAACAGCACAAUCAACAACAGACAACAAAGUAGAACUAUCUAGAGCAAUGACAACAAGUAGGGUGACAACCAAGGUCGAGACUACAGUUCCAAUGGCAACUGAUCCAGUAAAAACAACAACAACAACAACAACGUCAACAACAACUCAUGCUCCCUCAACAACAAUAGUAAACACUACACCGAGGCCUUGUCCAGAGUACCAGUCAAAGUAUAACCGUAACGAUCUCAUAGUGUCUACUGAUCCAGAAGGGUGUGUCAUGAUUGCCAAGAUCGUGGACCUGCGAGGUCGUUUCAGAGGACCUAACAGGAUGAUCUGGAGGAAAAUGCACGCGGGACUUCGCGGACUGCGGUACCCAAGUGUCUCCUUUACGUACAGGGGCUCAGAAGACGCGGAGGAUAAGUGUCAGAUGCCAGUGAAAUCUGUGGGACCUUAUAUUGUAGUGGACACCAUUCCGGGACGUUGUCAAAUGGUGGUUGGUCUGCGGAGCGUGAGAGCACCUGUUAACACACCAGGAAAGAAGGGACAACAACAGCGGAGGUUUAGAUUUCGGCUAGUCAUGCGUCCAGUCCUGGAGUACCUAGAGGGCACUCUACUGUGACAGGGCAGAUGGACAUUUAGAGGAAGAAUAUGGGCCUUGUUUUA